CUAUUCCCCAUUAGCUCCAGGCUCCAGCGAAGCAAAUUCCAUUCCUCCCGCGUGCUCUGCUCGUGCCCUGCCGCCCCCCGUCCCUAUCGCGCCGGAUCGCCACCCACUCGCUGCCCCCUCCCCCCACCCCACUCCGCCCCCGCGCCUCACUCCGUCCCGUCCCCGCCUCCCCGCCUCAGAUCCGUCCCCAAUCCGGCAACCCUAGCGCCGGAUUCCUCCCCUCCGCGUCCCCGCCCGCCCGCCGCCGCCGCCGCCGCCAUUGACAGAGGUGAUCGAGGGGGGAGAGAGAGCGUGGCUGGCCGGAUUCGGGAGGGAGGGCAGGAGGAUGUCUAGGAGGUCGGUGAACCCGAGCCGGCGGGUGGCGGACGGGGGCCUGCCGUCCGUCGGCGGCCUGCUCCACCCCAAGUCGCGCUCGCCGCCCGUGCUCACCAUUGCCCUCGUCGUCCUGGGUGUCAUUCUCCUCGUCGCCUACUUCAACAGCGGCUCAGGUCGGUUAAAGGCUCUCGGUGUAACUGUUACAAGCAGAGAAGCUGUUAGCAGGUCUGAAGGUACUUGCACAUCAGAAGUUAUGCGGGCGCUUCCUUAUCUUAAAAAGGCAUAUGGCAAUGCGAUGCAAAAGGUCCUCCAUGUAGGCCCAGAUAGUUGUACAGUAGUUUCUAACUUGUUGAAAGAAGGAAAGGUUGAAGCUUGGGGAGUGGAGCCUUAUGAUUUGGAGGACACUGACAGUAGUUGCAAAAGCCUUGUGCGCAAGGGCUUUGUCCGCAUGUCUGAUAUUAAGUUCCCCCUUCCAUACCGCCCAGAUUCUUUUAGUCUUGUUGUUGUGUCAGAUGCUUUAGAUUAUCUGACCCCAAGGUAUCUGAACAAAACACUUCCGGAUUUAGCAAAGGUCUCCACUGAUGGCCUUGUCAUCUUUGCUGGCAAUCCAGGUCAGCAGAAACCUAAGGUUUCAGAACUGCCAAAAUUUGGAAGGCCGGCAAAAUUGCGGAGUUCUUCAUGGUGGACUAGAUACUUUGUCCAGACUGGCUUGACAGAGAAUGAAGGACCAUUGAAGAAGUUUGAAGAGGCUACAUCCAAGGAUGAAUACAAACCAGAUUGCCAGAUCUUCCACCUUAGUUCGUAGGAUUGUGCUCGUCAAGGUGAUGCCUGUCCACAGCACCUCGGAUCAUUGCCGCACCAGUUUUGUAAGCAACAUCUUUGCUUACCCCCCGUUCAUCUUUUCACUCGAGGAACCAGUCGCACAGAAGAGCCAACCUUCAGCUAUAGGUAGAUUAUGUAGGGAGAGAGAGGCUUUACCACUCGAUACUAGAAAUUCAUUCUGGGAAUUAAGUUAUGUGUUAUUGAGGAUCGGAAAUUGAAGCGCAGACCGCAUAUGAUAUAUACGUAAGAACUUCACACUGUUGUACUCUGUUAUUAUUGGUGUGUUAGUUAUCUGGACUGAUUCAAAUGUAAGCUUAUGAUCCAAGCAAGUGAAGCAGUUUGAUCCGUUGCC